UAUUCAGCAUUCAGCAGGGAGGGAGCCUCUGAACAGCCACGUAGGCAUUCUCUUCUCUCUGGAGGAAAAGGCCCAGCAGCUGUCCGAGGAAAAGACCCACCAGCUGUCAGCAAAGGGACAUGUCGCAGCUAAGUAAGAAUCUGGGUGACUCGAGUCCUCCAGCGGAGGCCCCGAAGCCGCCUGUCUAUAGCCGCCCUACGGUUCUGAUGCGGGCCCCGCCCGCUUCCUCCCGGGCUCCGCCAGUCCCUUGGGAUCCACCUCCAAUUGACUUGCAGGCUUCAUUGGCCGCUUGGCAGGCACCUCAGCCUGCCUGGGAGGCCCCACAGGGCCAGCUGCCCGCCCCGGUGGUUCCGAUGACCCAGCCUCCUGCCCUAGGGGGCCCGAUAGUCCCGGCUCCCCCGCUGGGGGGCCCGAUGGGUAAGCCUCCAACUCCCGGGGUCCUGAUGGUGCAUCCUCCGCCUCCGGGAGCCCCGAUGGCCCAGCCUCCGACCCCGGGAGUCCUGAUGGUGCAUCCUUCAGCUCCCGGAGCUCCCAUGGCCCAUCCUCCUCCUCCGGGGACCCCAAUGUCCCACCCUCCCCCUCCGGGGACCCCGAUGGCCCAUCCUCCCCCUCCGGGGACCCCAAUGGCCCAUCCUCCUCCUCCGGGGACCCCGAUGGCCCAUCCUCCUCCUCCUGGGACCCCGAUGGUUCAUCCUCCUCCUCCUGGGACCCCGAUGGUUCAUCCUCCCCCUCCGGGGACACCGAUGGCUCAUCCUCCCCCUCCGGGGACACCGAUGGCUCAGCCUCCCCCUCCGGGGACACCGAUGGCCCAGCCUCCAGCUCCGGGAGUCCUGAUGGCCCAGCCUCUGACUCCGGGAGUCCUGAUGGUCCAGCCUGCUGCUCCGGGAGCCCCGAUGGUCCAGCCGCCUCCCGCAGCCGUGAUGACCCAGCCUCCGCCUUCAGGAGCCCCGAUGGCCAAGCCUCCAGGUCCAGGAGUCCUGAUGAUUCAUCCUCCAGGUGCGAGAGCUCCGAUGACCCAGCCUCCAGCUUCAGGAGCACCGAUGGCACAGCCAGCGGCCCCACCUGCACAGCCGAUGGCCCCACCUGCACAGCCCAUGGCUUCUUGGGCCCCGCAGGCUCAGCCUCUGAUCCUGCAAAUCCAGUCUCAAGUUAUAAGGGCUCCUCCGCAGGUUCCCCAGGGCCCGCAAGCACCCCCAGCGCAGCUGGCCACACCCCCGGGCUGGCAGGCGACCUCGCCAGGAUGGCAGGCCACGCCGCAAGGCUGGCAGGCCACUCCCUUGACCUGGCAGACCACGCAGGUCACCUGGCAGGCACCAGCCAUUGCCUGGCAGGUGCCGCCGCCCGUGCGCCAGGGGCCCCCGCCCAUCCGCCCUGGCCCACCACCCAUCCGCCCUGGCCCACCACCAGUGCGCCAGGCCCCACCGGUGAUCCGCCAGGCCCCACCGGUGAUCCGUCAGGCGCCACCGGUGAUCCGCCAGGCCCCACCGGUGAUCCGCCAGGCCCCACCUGUGAUCCGCCAGGCCCCACCUGUGAUCCGCCAGGCCCCACCGGUGAUCCGCCAGGCUCCACCUGUGAUCCGCCAGGCCCCACCGCUGAUCCGCCAGGCGCCGCCGCCCAUCCGACCUGCCCCACAGGUCCUGGCCACGCAGCCACCUCUCUGGCAGGCCCUGCCACCCCCACCUCCACUGCGGCAGGCCCCGCAGGCUAGGCUGCCGGCCCCGCAGGUGCAGGCGGCGCCGCAGGUGCCUACGGCCCCACCUGCUACGCAGGUACCCGCGGCGCCGCCCGCUGGCCCGCAGGUGCCGCAGCCUGUGCUGCCGGCCCCGCUGUCUGCCCCACUGUCUGCCCCGCAGGCUGUGCACUGCCCAUCCAUCAUCUGGCAGGCCCCCAAAGGUCAGCCCCCAGUGCCACACGAAAUACCAACGUCAAUGGAGUUCCAGGAGGUGCAGCAGACACAGGCUCUGGCCUGGCAGGCCCAGAAGGCCCCCACCCACUUCUGGCAGCCCUUGCCUGCCCAGGAGGCCCAGAGGCAGGCUCCCCCCAUGGUCCAGCUGGAGCAGCCCUUUCAGGGAGCCCCGCCCUCCCAAAAAGCUGUGCAAAUCCAGCUACCCCCCCAGCAGGCCCAGGCCUCGGGUCCGCAAGCCGAGCUGCCCACACUGCAGCUCCAGCCCUCCUGGCAGACACCGCCUGCGGUCUUGCAGGCCCAGCCCGGACCCCCCCUAGCAGCGGCAAAUUUUCCCCUGGGCUCCGCUAAAUCAUUGAUGACUCCAUCAGGAGAAUCCAGGGCCUCUUCUAUAGACCGCAGGGGCUCUUCUAAAGAGCGCAGGACCUCCUCAAAGGAGCGCAGGGCCCCUUCAAAAGACCGCAUGAUCUUUGCUGCCACCUUCUGUGCUCCCAAGGCAGUGUCAGCUGCGCGAGCACACUUGCCAGCCACCUGGAAAAACUUGCCUGCCACACCGGAGACCUUUGCUCCCUCCUCAAGUGUCUUCCCAGCUACCUCCCAGUUUCAGCCUGCCUCUCUGAAUGCCUUUAAAGGCCCCUCUGCUGCCUCAGAGACCCCAAAGUCACUGCCAUAUGCUCUGCAGGAUCCCUUUGCCUGUGUAGAGGCCCUGCCUGCAGUUCCAUGGGUCCCACAGCCCAACAUGAAUGCCUCAAAGGCAUCCCAGGCAGUGCCCACCCUCCUGAUGGCUACAGCAGCUGCCCCCCAGGCAACUGCCACCACUCAAGAGGCCUCCAAGACCUCCGUCGAGAUGCCACGCCGCUCUGGCAAGGCCACCCGAAAGAAGAAGCAUCUGGAAGCCCAAGAGGACAGCCGUGGCCACACGCUGGCCUUUCAUGACUGGCAGGGCCCAAGGCCCUGGGAGAAUCUGAAUCUGAGUGAUUGGGAGGUCCAAAGCCCUGUUCAGGUCUUGGGUGACUGGGAGCACCCAAACACCCCCCGUGGCCUGAGUGGCUGGGAGGGCCCUAGCACCUCCAGGAUCCUGAGUGGCUGGGAGGGGCCCAGCACAUCCUGGGCCCUGAGUGCCUGGGAGGGCCCGAGCACCUCCAGGGCUCUGGGUCUCUCUGAAAGCCCAGGGAGCCCUCUGCCUUUGGUUGUGUCUGAGGUUGCAGGUGUCUCUCCGGGAUCCAGUGCCACCCAGGAUAAUUCCAAGGUGGAGGCACAGUCCUUGUCUCCCUUGGAUGAGAGAGCAAAUGCAUUGGUGCAGUUCCUCUUAGUCAAGGACCAAGCCAAGGUGCCUGUCCAGCGCUCGGAGAUGGUGAAAGCCAUCAUCAGAGAGUCUAAAGAUGAGUGCUUAGGUAUCAUCAACCGUGCCAACAGUAAGCUAGAGUGUGCCUUUGGUUAUCAAUUGAAAGAAAUUGAUGCCAAAAACCACGCUUACAUUAUCAUCAACAAGCUGGGCUACCAUGCAGGGGAUUUGGUGGCAUCCUGUUUAGACAGGCCCAAGUUCGGCCUCCUGAUGGUGGUCUUGAGCCUCAUCUUUAUGAAAGGAAAUUGUGUCAGGGAGGAUUUGAUCUUUAAUUUUCUGUUCAAGUUAGGGUUGGAUGUCCGGGAGACGAAUGGUCUCUUUGGAAAUACUAAGAAGCUCAUCACCGAAGUGUUUGUCAGGCAGAAGUACCUGGAGUACAGGCGAAUCCCCUACACUGAGCCCGCAGAGUAUGAGUUCCUCUGGGGCCCUCGAGCGUUCCUGGAAACGAGCAAGAUGCUUGUCCUGAGGUUUUUGGCCAAGCUCCAUAAGAAAGAUCCACGGUGCUGGCCAUUCCAUUACCUUGAAGCGCUGGCAGAGUGUGAGUGGGAAGACACAGAUGAGGAUGAACCUGACAGCACUGACAGUGCCCGCGGCCCCACCAGCAGGCCCCCUCCCCGCUAAUAGGUGUAGCAGAGAUCUCGCUCCCGUGUUUCCCUGGCCAGAGGCCACUGACAGGGUGGGGGGACAUUUCUGUUUCUGGUGUUUGUGUUCCAAUUCCACGCGUGCAAGUUUGGAUUUUCAACUUGGUUUCAUAUCUGCCAAAGCUUUGUACAUUUUUCAUGUGGUGUUGAUUUCAAUCGGCUACUGUUCUGUUCUGUAUUUUGGCAUCUGUAUUUUUAAGUGAGAUCUGUGGUUCUCUGUUUUGUGUUCUAAUUGUUAUGUUUUGGUAUCAGCUUUGUGCUGGCUUUGUGAAAGGAAUCGAGAAGCUAUCCAUCUCAUUCGGGUAUAGUUCAUGUAGCAUUGUAAUCGGUUGUUCUUUGAAUGUUCAAAUGACUCAUCAGUAUAAACUGUCUACAGAGAAGUAAAUAUCUAUAUCUAUAUAUAUAAAUAUACUUUCAGCAUAA